CCUGCCUCCUCCCCACUUCCCUUCCCGCACCGUGGUCUCCUCCUCCUCCUCCUCUCCACCCGCAUCCGUGGCUCCGGUUGCGCUGCUCGGGAGGGAGGGAGGGUUACUAGGAGGUUGCUGGAGCGGCCGAUGAGAGGGGCCAGCGGCGGCGGCGAGGGAUUCGUCGGCGCCUCUUCCGUUUCAAACAAUAUUAGCCUACCAAAUGAGGGUACUAGCCCUAGAGGAACAGAUAAUGCUGAAUGUUCUGAGACAUCUUCAGACAGGUCGAAUUCGGAAAGCAUAAAACCUGAAGAAUGUGCAAUGCCAUCUUCAAUAUUUGAUAAGAAGAUUUCCAUAAAAAAGAAGCUCAGAUUGUUAAGUCGAAUGGCUAUACUGAAAGAUGAUGGAACUGUAGAAGUUGAUAUCCCCACUAAUGCUGAGGCUGCAUCUCUUGACCUUUCUUCAAAUGAUUACUGUAAUGAAGCCUUUAGUGGGGAACCAUUGGCAUCUUCAGAUUUCCAGCACAGACCUCCUAUGCAAAUUGUUAUGCUCAUUGUUGGUACUAGAGGAGAUGUGCAGCCUUUUAUAGCUAUAGGAAAACGAUUGCAGAUCUAUGGCCAUCGUGUUAGACUGGCAACUCAUGCCAACUUCAAGGAUUUUGUUGUGACGGCUGGCCUGGAGUUUUAUCCCCUAGGCGGAGACCCAAAACUUCUUGCAGGAUACAUGGUGAAGAAUAAAGGGUUCUUGCCUGCAACUCCAUCAGAAAUCCCUAUCCAGCGGAAGGAGAUUAAAGAGAUUAUAUUCUCCUUGCUUCCUGCUUGCAAAGAUCCCGAUACUGAUACUGGUGCUCCUUUCAAUGUAAAUGCUAUAAUAGCUAAUCCUGCAGCGUACGGGCAUGUGCAUGUGGCUGAGGCUCUGAAGGUACCAAUCCACAUAAUUUUCACAAUGCCAUGGACGCCUACUUGUGAAUUCCCUCAUCCCUUCUCCCGUGUAAAACAACCUGCAGGAUAUAGACUAUCAUACCAGAUUGUUGACUCCUUUGUUUGGCUUGGUAUUCGGGAUAUUAUAAAUGAUCUUCGGAAAAGGAAGUUGAAGUUAAGACCAGUUACGUACCUAAGUAGCGCACAUGCUUAUUCAAAUGAUAUUCCUCAUGCAUAUAUCUGGAGUCCUUACCUUGUACCCAAACCAAAGGACUGGGGACCCAAAAUUGACGUUGUUGGGUUUUGCUUCCUCGAUCUUGCUUCAAAUUAUAAACCUCCUGAACCCCUUCUCAAAUGGCUUGAGAGUGGUGAAAAGCCUAUUUACAUAGGUUUUGGCAGCCUUCCAAUUCCAGAACCAGAUAAGUUGACAAGAAUCAUAGUGGAAGCACUUGAAAUUACUGGACAGAGAGGUAUCAUUAACAAGGGUUGGGGUGGCCUUGGAAAUUUAGAGGAACCUAAGGAAUUUGUAUAUGUAAUAGAUAACAUUCCACAUGACUGGCUUUUUUUGCAGUGCAAGGCUGUGGUACACCAUGGUGGUGCUGGGACAACAGCUGCCAGUCUUAAGGCUGCGUGCCCCACUACCAUCGUACCAUUCUUUGGAGAUCAAUUCUUUUGGGGCAACAUGGUGCAUGCUAGAGGAUUGGGAGCCCCACCUGUCCCUGUGGAGCAAUUACAAUUGCAUCUACUGGUUGAUGCAAUUAAAUUUAUGAUGGAUCCAAAGGUGAAGGAGAGAGCUGUUGAGCUAGCAAAAGCAAUUGAAUCGGAAGAUGGCGUUGACGGGGCAGUGAAAGCAUUUUUGAAACAUCUCCCACAGCCCAGGAGCCUUGAGAAGCCGCAGCCUGCACCGCCAUCGUCAACCUUCAUGCAGCCCUUUCUCCUCCCCGUAAAGAGAUGUUUUGGCAUCGCCACAUAGUCCGUUGCUCUCAAGCAAUCGUGUUAAUAUUUUGGCAACACAACCAACAACCAUGUUAAAAGAGAAAUGCUCUCCUAUAGUUUUUGUUCGUCACAGUAUAGAAUGAGCGGUCUCCUGCAGUUUUCUUCAAACGUGGAGAGAUUGUUCUUACCUUAAUUUAACACCUGUUCAGCUGUUAUAGCUUGAUUCAUGAUUGGUUUGUAUAGCAGCGGUAACGGGCUCGUUUGUUUAGCCUUAAUUGUACAGUUGGCAGUCACAAAGAAUGUUGCUUGGCACUGCACUGUUGGACCCCUUA